AUGGACCUCUACCUCUUCAAGCCGGACGAUUUCAACCGUCUCUACAACUGCAAUCUCUACGACACCGAGAUAUUCCCUCGCGAAGAGCGUCGUCUGCGAGUGAUUGGGUUAUUGUGUUUGCCUCCUGGAAUCUUAUCCGUCGUUCUCUAUUUUGUGUGCAUUUACGCCAUGCUUCAAAAACAACUCAUCAAGCUGCCAACGUACAAAUUGAUGCUAUUCAUGGCGUUCUUUCAUCUUUAUGGAUGUAUUUUGGGAGGUUUCUUCAUCCCCUAUUUGUUCUACGAGGCACCGGUGUAUUGUGAGAGCCCGGAUUUCAUUUAUUUGGCGGGAGCUUAUUGCACCGGUAAGUGAAAAAAAAAGAGGAAAUUCUCCGCGAGCUCUAUGCGGCGCAAGUCAUAUGUCGAAAUAUCCGACAACUCAGUAACCAGACAAGACGAGAGCUCAAGAGACAAAUGAUUUAUUCUGUGGAAAGGAGGCCUUUUAUAGGGAAGCCCCACGUGGGAAAGUACAAUCAAAUUUGAAUAAAUGAAGACAGUUCCUCGUGGGAAAAUCCUCAAAAUUCAGUCGUUCCGCCUCACAUUAUAGGACUAGUCUGUUCGCAAAACCGUUGACACUGUGCAGAAAAAGUUAAAAUGCAAGCGGCUGCCCAAAGCACAGGCUUAGCUCACCUUGGUUAAGCACGUGCUGCAAUGCGGCAUGGGCUGAAGCGACCAGGCCUGCAAAUUUUUUGGAUCCGGCCCUGUCGUCCCGAGUAAAAUUUCUGGCGUAAUUCAUCGAGUUUUGAAAUUCUCCCUCUCUGAAAAACGUCCUAGCCGGAUUUUCUGGAUCCAGAGAGACCCACUACUCUCUCAAUGCUCUGUAUAAAGAUCGUUGAAUAUCUCGGCUCCCCCUGCGGAGCGUGAACUAAAAUUUUCAGUAUUUGAUUUUUGGCCCAUGUCCGAAGUGUGUGCAGGAUCUCAAGCAAAAAUCCUUUUUAAUAUUUUUACUUCAGCGUCUUGGAUCGGAGGCACGAUUACCAGCACAAUCUUGAGUUUCAACCGCUGCUGCGAGAUGUACGACCACACGCUUGCCCAUUGGCUUUUCGCCGACUACCGUGUCUUCAUCUGGAUGGCCUUUCCGCUCACUUUAUUCCUUUAUUGCCUUUUCUACAACCGCCCUCUUUUGUUCAGCGGAAUCGGCAUGUCUUGGUAUUUCAAUCCCCAUCACAAAUACAUCGAUGACUUAGAUGGUGUGUAUGUUAACAAAAUGCACACCUUGAACAACACGGUUACUGUUGCAACACAAUUCGUGUUGAGUUUCACGUUUAUGGUAUUGUAUUUUGGAUGGGUCAAAAGUCAUAAGACGAGAAUGUCAAGGACCGACAAGUUGGUAAGUAAUGGCUUUGACAAACGAGGAGUUUCCUCGCAACUAUGGGCGUACGUCGUUGGAGGCUUCACAAAAAAAUAAAUUAAAUCUGAAGUGACAUAUAUAAUAUAUCAUGUGCUCAAAGUGCCACACACAGAUUUUGAUAAGGCAUGGGACAUGCUCUUUCUGUCUAGUAUAUCUCGCUAGCCGUUUGAGCUAGGAGGCUGAAAUUUGGCAUGGCAGUAGAGUAAAAAGCUGGCUUUCAGAAAAUAUAAAUAUUGAAGGGAACCCCCUUCUUCCUUUUGCCGUAUGAACUUCCCGAUGACAAUUCAAAAAAUCUCAGUAAUGAAAAUUAGGUUUCCAGAUGUGCCUUCAAGUGUUUUUGAUCGGCCUGCUCGAGCUGUUUGCCGGCACCACAUUCCUGCUUCAACAGCAUUACGAAUUUAAUCUGGCGAUGAGCCUCUUCGCCUCAAUUAGUUGGUUUGGAUCGCAAGGUAAAUUUUCAAAAAAAAAAAAUUAUUUUUCAAAAUCCCAAAAACUAAUGUAAAUUAUACAUCUCUAAUUAAGCGUGUGCGCCAUACAUUUACCUCACGUUCAACCGGACAGUUCGAAACAUUGUGCUGCGACGAUUCCUCCCAUGCUGCGGCCGAAAGGUGAACUUCAACGUCAGCGAAAUACCCUCAACUUUUCACGCUAAACGAAAAAAUCCUCAGUAG